UUUUUUUAAUCAGAACUUUUUUAUUGGUCAGUAAGCAGAGAGUAACCGGAUGUAUAAAUAUUAGCUUGACUGGCUAAGUACGUCUUGAAUUUUGUGGAAAACAUGUACAUACUUGCAGUACAGAAUAUUAUUAGCCUUCAUUAGCAGUGAAAAGGACUAAUUAGCCACCAUGGAGCUAAAGCAGCUAACAGCAGUGAGUUGGUCACUGUUUCCCAACGGUAAGAGGAAUCCUCACUCUGAGUUUCUAAGAUUGAGAGAAAGAACAUACCGUCUGUAGACACUUCAUCUAACCUUGUUCAGUAGAGGACCGAGAGACUGGGCAAAGUUACAGAGUGGAACCAGAACUUCUGACCAAGGCAGCAAAAAAACAGAAGGUACAGGUUAUAUGGCUGACAUAAACUACUAGAACAUGUGAAGGUUGCUAACAAGGAUUGUUAAAUGGUGAAUCCCCAAGUGGAUCAAGGAUGUCUGAAAUGAUGAAGGUUGAAGAAGACGACCAUGGAGGGCUCCGUUUGGAACCCAUCAUACCUGCAGCAUCAACAUCAGAACUGGAGCAGAAACAAGACAGCAAAGAUCUCAUUCGUCAGAUGCUUGUCAUCAAAAUGGUUCCCGCUGAUUGGAGCCCCAGUUUAGAGCAGCAGGACUCAGAGCCCCCCCAUAUAAAGGAGGAAGAGGAGCAACUGUUGAUCAGUCAGGAGGAGGAGCGGCUUACUGUGAAGAAGGAAGAUGAACAGAAAAGUAAAGAUGAAGAGAAGCCUCAGCUAUCAGAGCUUCAUCAAAUCAAAACUGAAGACAACAGAGACACAGAAGCUCCAAUCAACAGCUCAGCUGAACAGAUGGAAAUAGAACCUGAUGAAGAGGACUGUGGAGGACCAGAGCCAAAGUCCAGUCAAGAUCCAGUAUGUGGUUCUCAACAAAGUGAGAAGACUAUUCACAGAAGAGAUCGACCAUCUAAACUUUGUUUUAAACCUACGGCUCAGAUUGAAGUCCAAAAAGUAAAGAAGACGGAUGGCUGCAGUCCUUGUGGUAAUAGAGUCAAACAUAAGACUAAAAAAGAAUUAAACAUGACAGCUCACAAAGCAAAGAGAGACUACAGCUGUGAUAUCUGUGGUAAAGGAUUUAGAGUAAAGCGUUAUCUUCAGACACAUAUGAGACUACAUACUUGUGAGAGACCAUUUGCUUGUGAUGUUUGUUCUAAAAGGUUCCAUAGAAAGACAAACCUUAAAAUUCACAUGAUGGCCCAUUCUGGAGAAAAACCCUUUUUCUGUGUUGUUUGUGGUAGAAGAUUUAAGGUAAAGGAAAGUCUUAAAAAUCACAUGAGAAUGCACACCACAGAGAGACCAUUUGUUUGUAAUAUUUGUAGUAAAGAAUUUUUAAGACAAGAGAGUUUAAAAAGUCACAUGUGUAUUCACACAGGAGAGAAGCCUUUCAUUUGUAGUGUUUGUAGCAAAGGAUUUUCCCGACAUUUGGAGUUGAAGAGACACAUGUGUGUUCACACGGGGGAGAAACCAUUUAUUUGUAAUGUUUGCGGAAAAGGAUUUUCACUUAAAGAUCAUCUUAAGAAGCACAUGCAUGUUCACACAGGGGAGAAACCAUUUAUUUGUAGUGUUUGCAGCAAAGGAUUUUCACAAAAACAGAAUUUAAAGAGUCACAUGCAUGUUCACACCGGAGAGAAACCGUUUGUUUGUAGUGUUUGUAGUAAGGCAUUUUCACGACAAGAGAGUCUAAAGACUCACAUGCUUGUUCACACAGGAGAGAAACCAUUUAUUUGUAGUGUUUGUAGUAAAGGAUUUUCACAACAAAGGAAACUAAAGAAUCACAUGCGUGUUCACACAGGAGAGAAACCGUUUGCUUGCAAUGUUUGUAAUCAAGGGUUUUCACAACCCAGAGAUCUGAAAAAACACACGGCUGUUCACACUGCUCAGUUCAGCUGUAGAGAGUGUAAUAAAAGGUUUGUGAAGGAAAUCCAGUUGGAGCAACACAUGAGACUUCACUCAGAGAAGAGGCCAUUUGGUUGUGAUGUCUGCAAAAGCAGAUUUAACCAAAAGUGUGUUCUUGAAAAUCACAUGAGAGUUCAUUCAGGAGAGAAACCUUUUAUUUGUAGUGUUUGCAAGAGAGCAUUUGCACGACAUGAAAACCUACAGAAACAUAUGGUUGUUCAUGAGGGCUGCAGUUAAUAAUUGAUGUUCUACAUUUCAUCAGUCAGAAUUUUUCUGGCCAGUCGAUGGUGAUUUGUAUGUAUCACACCUUUCUUACUCCAUGUUCUACUCCAUAAGUUUUACAUGAAUCACUGGGUCUACAUUAGAAUUUGGCUUCCCUGUGCACCCUUGCUACAGUUGAAACACAAGGGGUAACUGAUGGCACGCAGUGCAUUAAUCUUAGAAAGUGUAUUAAAAAUAAUUAGUGGGUGCACCGAUUGCAGUUUUCUGGCUGAUUACCGAUAUUUAAAAAGCUGCCGAUUACGAUUUUUGCUGAUACGGUUUAUUUAUUUAUUUUAUAACUGACACUGUCAGGUGUUAUAAGGUUACAAUACACCUUUAAAGUUCCAAUCUUAUUUUAUUCAAAAACAUGGAACAAAACCCAUUAAACAAUACAAACUUGUUUUAGGUGCUCAUGAGGCAAAUCUCAAAUACAAAUUAAAUGUUAGAUCAUUGAUGAGAUCGGUUUCACAGAUAAGUAUCGGCCGGCCUCAAUCUCCCUAAAUUAUGGAAAUAACCCCUUAAAAAAAUACAUAUGUAGGCCCCCCAGUGCCUACAUAUUCCAAAUUAGCCAGCACAGACACAUCUGUAAUGUCAGGAUGACGGGUUUUGUUUUUAUGUUUAUGUAUGAUGCCUUGUUAAAUAGCCGCAAGUGUGAUCAAAUGAAAACUAUAUAUUUUUGAUGCAUCAUGCCCCUGUGAUUGGUUGACAUUAGACCUGUGGCAUUCUGGGUAGGAUCCAGCACAGAGAGAAAUAUGUAUGCUACAUGUGGUCCAGGUGGGGCAUACGAUAACUGUUUUCAUUGUGUAUUUUGUGCACAGUAUCACUGAGAGAGCCCAUAUAUAGACAGUUAUAUUUAGCCACUGUACUUUUGUUUACAUACAUUUGUGCUGCUACAAAUUAUGUGUUUUAAAGGUGGGCAGUGCAAGUAAACAUUUAAGUGAAACUGUGUGUUUCUUUGUCUUAGUUUUUACAGUGUCUUCUGUUAAACACAAGACGGAGCAGAUUAAACCUAAAAGACAUCUGUA